AUGGGGGGUUACAAAAGAAGAUGGCAGAAGAUUGUUUAUAAGAAGGAAGUCAAAUAUUGUCCUAAUUGCUUUAAGCAAGACCAUAUGGAUUAUAAAUGUAGAAAGAAGAAAUCUAAUGAGCAAUAUCAGAAUCCAUAUUUGCAAAAUGAUGAAAGAUUAAGGAAGGGGAAGACAAAGAUUGGAAAGGAUAUGAUGAAGCUAACUGGACCACAUAAUCAAGCCCAGAAUAAAGCAGUAACGUUCAAGAAUAAUCCAUCAACUUCGAAGCAGUGGAAGCCAGCAGUACAACAAUCUCAAGAUAAUACUGCCAAGAAUGUUUCAGUUUCAUACCAAGAGGAAAGAUUAAAGCAAGGUGAUGGUUUGAGUUUAACAAUAAAGGUUGAUGUGUUGAAUCAAAAGGAUUGUAAUGCUAAUGUUCUGGGGCAGAAUUUUCUACAAACACCGGUUGAGCAUGAGUUGCCUGAAGCAGUUUUUAGGGAUGUUCGUUCAUCGCCAGCAAUUUGCAAUGAGAUUUGUUCAUCACAAGUAGUCCAAUCUGAUGCAGUUUGUUCACCGCAAGUAUUCUAG